AUCCGCAUUCUGUAAGAAAAACCUUGGCGGCUAAAGUAGAAGCCACUACUAGAGCUACACUUCGAUGAGGGCGGGCAGUGGAGUGGUCGCCGGAUGUCCACGCGCCGCCGCUUUACCCACCCUACUUUUCGGCCGCUGCCGCGGAGCAACAUUCCGAUGCUACUCUUCUUCAUCUGCUGACCAUGUGUCAUUUAUAAAAGAUGUAGCUGCAACUCAACCACCGGAUCAUUUGCCUCAUCUUUUGAAAAUGCUUCAGGUGAGAGGUGAACCUAUAAUUUCUCCUGGAGCCAAGCAAGGGUUGAUACCUCUGGCUAUUCCUCUUUCAAAAAGCAACUCAGGUUCUGUAACUGCACUGCUGCGAUGGCCAACGGCUCCACCCGGGAUGGAUAUACCAGUGGUGGAGAUUUGUAAGCAUGGAGUGUGGCUUUUAGCCAAGAAUGUAGACCAAUAUAUUCAUAGAAUCCUGGUUGAAGAAGAUGCCAAGAAUUCCAAGGAAAGUGACAAUGUGCUAUUUCAUGCUGCAGCUGACGCUGGGGAGAAAAUUUAUAAGAAGGGUGACUUUGUUGCAUCUCAGAUUUCGAAUCUAGAUGUAUAUCUUCUGAAAAAGGUUGGCCUGUUUCCUGAUAUAUUAGAACGCAGAGUGAUGCAUCAUUUUGAAAAGGGGGACCAUGUUUCGGCCAUGGUAACUGGGGAGUUUUAUACAAAGAAAGAGCAUUUUCCGGGGUUUGGACGGCCUUUUGUAUUUAAUGCCAAGAUUUUGCUGAAGGUUGGUCGUAAGAUAGAAGCUAAAGAUGCUGCAAGGGGAGCUUUGAAAUCACCAUGGUGGACUUUAGGUUGUAGAUACAAGGAAGUUGCCGAUAUUGCUCAAUGGGAGGAUGAACAAAUCGAGUACAUUAAAGAGAAGGUGUCGGACGAGGGAAGGCAAGAAGAUCUGAAGAAGGGAAAGGAACCUGCUCAGAUCGCAUUGGAUGAAGCCGCUUUUUUGUUAGAUUUAGCUUCUGUUGAAGGAACGUGGGACGACUUUGUGGAGAGAAUUGCCGAGUGUUACAAGGAUGCCGGGCUAUAUGACAUAUCAAAAUUUGUACUAUACAAGGAUUGAGUAUUGAAUUCGACUUUGGGGAGAAUACAACAACGGUACACACAAAAAUGAUGCACGAUUCCUUGUACCCUCUCUCUAUCUGAUUAAAAGAUACCAAACUACUAUUUUUCACUCCAAGCAAGCAACAAAUCAAUCAAUCAUGACCAUCACAACCAAAUCCCGAGUCACCUUAUUUCCGCUUCAUCGCAGUUGUUAUGCAGCAAUUCGAACUGUUACCUUUUUGCUAUUACCUUU